CCCACCGACCUGGGGAUUUUGGUUGGAGCUCACAUUUCAAAAUCACGACCGACACGACGCUACUAAACAUUGCCAAGUUCUGGAAUCACUCAUUCCCUCUGCGGCGCUACGGCUAGAUUCUCCAGAUGCCUAUCCGACGAUAGACCGUCGCUUGUCUUAGAAACAACCUCAUGUGUUGCAUGUGUUGGAUGCUUUAAUUCAAAUAACUGCCCUGACCUGAUAUUGCCUCCCUUGCACACCGCUGUGGACAAGAUGGCUUCGCGCUUGCCGGGAGAAAUAAGCUCUAGCAGACCAUUGCGAUGUACUUCGCUUCAUCAGAGUAUUUCGGCAUCUGCAGAGAGUCCUGCUACACCAGCUGCAUCGCGCCUAUCCCAGUCGGCGCCUUCAGACAAUAUUCUCGAACCCGGUGCUACCUUUUCAGAUGUAGAGAGUGACUCUGACAGAAGUCUUUCUGAUGAAUCGAUCGAGCAAGACUUAGAAAUCAAUGGCGCUUCUGAUUUAGCCGUGGAAGUCCCUCGCCUGCAAGUUCGCGAUUCACGGCAUCGACGACGCAGGCUCAGUUCGGCCAGUGGGGCGAAAUUGAGGUCUAAUCGUUUGUCCCUGGCAUAUACUUCUCCAAAAACAACCGCGGAGGCGAUGAGCAUAUUCAAUUCUCGCAAAGUCUUGGACGGAACUCUCGGCAGCCCAUUGGAGUCCGCAGAACAUCGCAAGAACUUCUUAGCCGAACUUCCGUCAGCUAUUGCACAUGUGCGCAAUGUCAACUACAGACGAGGAGCUCUCUUGCCGCGGCCCAAAUCCUUCACCAGAGUACAACAAUCGUUGAGCGAAGAGACUUCUCCAGUCGACACGGAUGCUCAGAAAGAGGCAAAGCUAGCGAAUAUCCUGAGGGGCAAGGAGCACGCGCUCAAAGCCCAAGAAGACAUGGACUCAAUGAUUGAGGAUAUGACCGCCUCGAGAGAUACUAAUACUACUAAAGGUGCGCAGCCCACAGGUCUAUCAGCCGCGCGCGGUCCCAAUUCUCUUAUGGACAUAUUAGCAACGCCUAUUCAGGAGGAAGAUGUCUUUACUUUCGAUGACCUCUCUCCGCGUCUUGGUCUCCCGACGCCAUUGUCGCCGUUGCAAGACGACAAGGAACAAGGUCUAAAGUCUCACAAGAAGCGCAAGAAUUCAGAGGACGCAAGAUUCGAAAGGUGAGUCAACACUUCGAUUGCAGCCCGUGCGCUAACCCUUAGCAAUUCUUCGAUGUUCAAGCGGCGUGCGAUCAGCCCGU